AUGGCUAUCUUAAAAAUAUUGAAUGUUGGUUCUUCGUCAAACCAAGAGUUCUACUCUAGAGAGGAUGCCGAAGAUUCAGUCAAGUAUAUAAGCGGGACAAUUCUUGAUGAUCGCCCUAUUCGAGUAGAUUUUGAUUGGGGAUUUCAAGAAGGCAGGCAAUGGGGACGUGGUCGAAGUGGUGGACAGGUGUUGUGCAUGCCAUUUAUUGCUAUAGGUUUGCCCUGGAACUUUAUCUGA